AUGGACACUAAAGGGAGGCUCGUGGCUGGCUCGCAUAACAGGAAUGAGUUCGUACUCAUCAAUGCUGAUGAAAUUGGAAGAGUGACGUCGGUGAAGGAGCUAACGAGCCAGAUUUGCCAGAUUUGCGGCGACGACAUCGAGUUCAGCGUGGACGGCGAGCCAUUCGUGGCCUGCAACGAGUGCGCCUUCCCAGUGUGCAGACCUUGCUACGAGUACGAGCGGCGGGAAGGGAACCAGGCGUGCCCGCAGUGCAAGACCAGGUACAAGCGCAUCAAGGGCAGCCCGCGGGUCGACGGGGACGAGGACGAGGACGAGUUUGACGACCUCGAGAAUGAGUUCGAUUACGGUGACGGACACGACAAGAGAGAUCCACAGCAGUUCUCCGAAGCAGGCUAUUCCCAUCGAUUGGGACGUUCUGCUUCCGGCAUCACGAAUCAAUCGGAGUUGGAUCCUGUCAACUCUGAGAUCCCUCUUCUUACCUACGGCCAAGAGGAUGAUACGAUUUCAGCUGAUAAGCAUGCUCUAAUUAUCCCUCCUUUUGCGGGUCGUGGGAAGCGGGUGCACCCGGUGCCGUAUACGGAUUCAUCCAUGACUUUGCCGCCGAGGCCGAUGGAUCCGAAGAAGGAUUUAGCAGUGUAUGGCUAUGGCACUGUUGCCUGGAAAGAUAGAAUGGAGGAAUGGAGAAGAAAGCAAAAUGAGAAGCUGCAAGUUGUUAAACAUCAAGGUGGAGGCAAAUAUGGUGGAGAUGAGUUGGAUGACCCUGACUUGCCCAAGAUGGAUGAAGGAAGACAACCACUUUCGAGGAAGCUACCGAUUCCUUCAAGCAAGAUCAAUCCUUACAGAAUGAUCAUUCUACUGCGGAUGGUAAUCGUUGGACUGUUCUUUCAUUACAGAAUCCUUCAUCCGGUCAAUGAUGCGUAUGGUCUGUGGCUAACAUCGAUUAUAUGCGAGAUUUGGUUUGCUGUCUCCUGGAUAUUUGAUCAGUUUCCCAAGUGGUUCCCCAUUGUGCGAGAAACAUACUUGGACAGACUGUCUUUAAGGUAUGAGAAGGAUGGAAAGCCGUCCGAGCUGGCUUCGGUUGACGUGUUUGUGAGUACGGUGGACCCCAUGAAAGAACCUCCUCUUAUUACGGCAAACACAGUUUUGUCUAUACUUGCCUGUGAUUACCCAGUUGACAAGGUUGCGUGCUAUGUGUCGGAUGAUGGUGCGGCAAUGCUUACAUUUGAAGCACUUUCCGAGACUUCUGAGUUCGCAAGGAAGUGGGUCCCAUUCUGCAAGAAAUUCAGCAUUGAGCCUCGAGCCCCUGAGUGGUACUUUGCUCAGAAGCUCGACUAUUUGAAAGACAAGGUGGAGCCUACAUUCGUCAGGGAACGUCGUGCAAUGAAGAGAGAGUAUGAAGAGUUUAAAGUUCGAAUCAACGCACUGGUUGCUAUGGCAGAGAAGGUUCCGGAGGAGGGCUGGACCAUGCAAGACGGUACCCCAUGGCCUGGAAAUAGUGUCAGGGAUCAUCCUGGAAUGAUCCAGGUAUUCUUGGGGCAAAAUGGGGUUCGGGAUCUUGAAGGGAACGAGUUGCCUCGUCUAGUUUAUGUUUCUCGUGAAAAGAGGCCUGGAUUUGAUCACCACAAGAAAGCCGGUGCUAUGAAUGCUUUGAUUCGGGUUUCAGCUGUCAUAUCAAAUGCACCUUACCUACUGAACGUUGAUUGUGAUCACUACAUAAACAACAGCAAGGCCCUUAGAGAAGCUAUGUGUUUCAUGAUGGACCCUCAAGCUGGAAAGAAAAUAUGCUACGUGCAAUUUCCUCAGCGAUUUGAUGGCAUUGAUAGGCACGAUCGUUAUUCGAAUCGCAAUGUCGUGUUUUUCGAUAUAAAUAUGAAAGGGCUUGAUGGGAUUCAAGGGCCAAUUUACGUCGGAACAGGUUGUGUCUUUAGGCGGCAAGCACUUUAUGGAUAUGAUGCGCCCAAGAAGACAAAACCUCCUGGCAAAACUUGCAACUGUUUGCCCAAAUGGUGUUGUUGCUGUUGUGGGUCGAGAAAGAAGAAUAGGAAAGGAAAGUCGAAGGAUAAUAAGUUGAAGGAUAGUAAGAAAAAGACCAAAGGAAGGGAAGCUUCUACACAGAUCCAUGCUCUUGAAAACAUCGAGGAAGGAGUUGAAGGAAUCGAAAGCGAAAAGUCAGCUCUCAUGCCCCAGGUAAAAUUCGAGAAAAAGUUUGGACAGUCGCCCGUUUUCAUUGCCUCAACCCUGCUAGAACAAGGUGGUGUACCUCCAGGGGCGUCAUCUGCAUCACUUCUAAAAGAAGCUAUUCAUGUGAUUAGUUGCGGUUAUGAAGAUAAAACCGAGUGGGGAAAGGAGAUUGGAUGGAUAUAUGGCUCGGUUACUGAAGAUAUCUUGACUGGGUUCAAAAUGCACUGCCACGGGUGGAGAUCCGUUUACUGCAUACCCAAAAGGCCCGCAUUCAAAGGAUCGGCACCCAUUAAUCUUUCGGACCGUCUGCACCAGGUCCUUCGGUGGGCGUUGGGUUCGGUCGAGAUUUUCUUAAGCAGGCACUGCCCGAUUUGGUACGGAUAUGGAUGUGGUCUGAAGCCGCUCGAGAGAUUUUCUUACAUAAACUCAGUUAUCUAUCCAUUGACUUCACUCCCGUUGAUCGUUUAUUGCACAUUGCCAGCCGUAUGCCUGCUUACUGGAAAAUUCAUUGUUCCUGAGAUCAGCAACUAUGCGAGUCUCGUUUUCAUGGGCCUCUUCAUAUCCAUUGCCGUGACGAGCAUACUCGAGAUGCAGUGGGGUGGGGUCGGCAUCGAUGACUGGUGGAGAAACGAGCAGUUUUGGGUGAUUGGUGGAGUCUCGUCUCACUUUUUCGCCCUUAUCCAAGGUCUGCUCAAAGUAUUGGCCGGUGUCAAUACAAAUUUCACGGUCACCUCAAAAGCGGCCGAUGACGGUGAAUUUUCCGAGCUUUACCUCUUCAAGUGGACGUCACUUUUGAUCCCGCCCAUGACUCUUUUAGUCAUCAACGUUAUCGGGGUGGCAGUCGGGAUAUCUGACGCCAUAAACAAUGGGUACGAGUCGUGGGGCCCGCUCUUCGGGCGGCUGUUCUUUGCCCUUUGGGUGAUUGUACAUCUCUAUCCUUUCCUCAAGGGUUUCAUGGGGAAGCAGGACCGGCUGCCGACGAUUAUCGUCGUCUGGUCGAUCCUCUUGGCCUCGAUAUUCUCGUUGCUUUGGGUCCGCAUAAACCCGUUCCUGUCGAGGGACGGGCUCGUGUUGGAGGUUUGUGGGUUGGAUUGUGAUUAG